UGCUAAACACUCGCUUUCUAUAGCCUAUCUGUACUCCAGUCUAUUUUCCAUGCGUAUGCCUAGACCUACAGCAGACUUUAGCUCGUAGUCUGGUACAGAGUUCUGGGGUGCAGACGUCGCCUACCACGAUGACACAAAUCCCCUUCUAAAAUAACUUUUUGACAGAAUUAGAAAUUCCACAUGUUGCCUCUGUAAGUGCUUCUGACAAUACGCCUAUGACACAAAGGGACUUUUGCCAAGCCUACAUACUAAUGCAUAGAUCCACAGAAUAUAUAAAUGUAGGUUACAAGAAGAUAGUUGUAUAUACAGGAAGCCUAGAUACUAUGUAAAUCUGUCGAUGACCGCCACCCUGUGAUGCGUCCUCGAUUGGGUGAAAAAUCCCAAACGUUCUUCCUGUAUUUUCUGCCCCGCAGUGAUUUCACAAACGUUCGCACACCUUUUCGUUAGUUAGUUCAACAGCUGGAUAGACCAUGUACAGUCCAGAUGAAAGCCACGCCAUGUACGCCCCGCCCGUAGCCGACCCCAGCGCUCCUUCUGCGCCUCCCGCCGGCACGUUUGACAAUGUGCCGGGCUACGAGGGAACGAUGGUGGGAGGAGGUGGAUUUCUGCCUCCACCUAUGCCCACUAUGCCAAUGCCAAUGCCUGAGCCAGGACUUGCACAGCCAAACUGGAACAUUCCGUCCAUCACUGAGGACACGGCCCGAGAGGCCUUCAUCAUGUUUGCCUCCAGCAAGUGCUGCUACAACUCUUCUCCAGCCAGAGAAGGAGUCAUCACCAGAAUGGAUGCCUUCAACACCUACAGGUAUCGCCUAGAGACCUUCAAUGAGUCUAGAUCGACUGAAUGGAGCCAGGAACCCUACAAUGGGCAACCUGUCGAUGCCUUCAUACAAGCAGUUCCAGGCCCUUGGGACAUCCCUGCCCAGGCUCCAGGCUUGUUCAAGGAUCAUACACAAGUUAUAAGAGUGCCCUACACUUCAUCUGUGAAGAAUUGCUACGCUUGUGUUGGGAUGGGCAGAAGCCCUUGCAAAGACUGCGCUGGAGCCGGCAAUAAAGUCUGCUGGGUGUGUAAUGGCUCUGGAUAUCGCCAUGGAGAUGAUCGAUGCUCCCACUGCAGUGGAAGAGGAAGAGAGAACUGCAGUCAGUGCCGUGGUCAAGGCUCUAAAGAAUGCUCCACGUGCCAUGGCAGGAGACAGAUCCUGGUGUUCAUCAACCUUAAUGUUAAAUGGACUAACCACAUUGACGUGUACGUGGUCGAACAGAAUAGCGGUCUCAAAGUGGGUAAUCUCAGUAAAGUGUCAGGAAAGGAGAUGCACAAGGAUGCCCAAUACCUGGUAUAUCCUGUGAGAGGCUUUCCUGAUCCCGCUGUGGUUGGAGCAUCAGAGAGGCUGGUGAGGGAACACCAGGCCAACUACUCCCAGACUUCUCGCAUCCUGCAGCAGCGGCAGACGAUUGAGCUGAUCCCCAUCACUCGAGUCGGCUACAUGUGGAAGGGAAAGUCCUGUGUGUAUUUUGUGUUUGGGAAUGAGUUCAAAGUGAGCUCUGAGGACUACCCUGCCACGUGCUGCUGCUGUUCUGUGUUGUAACUGAUGCUAAGCAGGCUGCAGUACACUUCUCCUCCAGUUGGGGGCUCUAUGUCCAAGUAUGCUGUGUAAGAGAAGCACUUGUUGUAAUAAUGUGAUGAAGCCUGAAGUAAAAUAUUCAUUUAUUUUUGUAUACAUGAAAGAAUACUGUGCACAGAUGUUAAUAUACACAUACUGUUCUUUGUUACCACUAAUAGAAGUAUUUGCAACUCACUUAUGUCAGUCACUUAUGUUUGUGUUUCGUUGAUGAGUCUCACUUGAAGGAAAAGGUCAUGGAUAUCCAUGUCCCAACAAUGUUUCUGAUUGUUCUGAUCUGAAUGUUUCUCAUUAAAUCCCACUUAUACUAUCAAACAAUCAGGGAUAAAAAUCGCAUCAGAUAUCUUUAUCAGGCUAGGUAUUUUGUGUGUGUGUGUGUGUGCUUGUUUUUAUGUCUUCAUUUAAUGCGUUCAUUUUAGAUAUGUUAUCUGAUUUCACCAGUACUGAUAUGGUCAUUUCAUCUAUACUAAAAUGUUAUUGAAAUGUUGGAAUAAAAUGUCAUGCAUUGAGUAAAAUGUCAUGCAUUAGUUGGUCACUAGAACCUUUGAACUCUUCAAAAAUCACAAUCUUGUUAAUAUUCAGAACAGUAAUCAUGAGUAUUCUUGAUUUUUGCACUGUUUUGUUUAAAGAAAGCUGAACAGAAAACCGACUGCAUUACUUAAUGCCACCUUUACAUCAGCUUUUUAAUUAAGUAAUUUGCUUACUCCAAAGCUAUUGUAUUUUCUAAGAUUGUGUUUGUACUAAAAGGGCUAAAGAAUUCAAGGCAUUAAAUAACAAUAAAUAUUGUUGCCUAAUAAUGUA